AUGAAGGCGAGAGUUGAGCCCACUUCCAAGAUCGUCAAAGAAAGUGGACGUUUCGGAGACUUUUUAAGAAGAAUGUUUCUGUUGAGAAUCUGGCUACAACAUGAAUAUGGCUUCCUAAAGGAACACAGAUAUUAUCCAAAGAAGUUCCCAAAGAAGAAGAAGAAUAUAUAUGAAGAAAGUAAACAAGAUCAACGCAUUGCGUCAGAAGAGAUGGAAUACAUUCGAGAACUUUCAUCUUCAGAAUUAAGUGUGUACAGAACAUAUUCAGUAAUUUUUGUUGGAUUCGAGCCUUUAAGACACGCCGCUUCUUUACCCGUCAUAUAUCGCCAACUACUCCCGGUUCAUUCUUUGCUCGUUAUCAGCCACCCCCGCCCAAUGUUUUCCCCCCCACUCUGCUGCCUCCCGCCGUCUCGCGCCGUCCUCGCGCGUCCUCUCGCCGUCCUCCUGCCGUCCUCCCGCGGAUCUCCGCCGUCCUCUCCGCCGUCCUCCCGCGUCCUCCGCCGUCUCCCGCCGUUCGCUCCGCCGUCCUCUCCGCGUCUCCCGCCGUCCUCCCGCGUCCUCGAGAGGUGCCUCGUCCGCGUCUCUCCGGCCGUCCUCCUGCCGUCUCCGCCGCCUCCAGCCGCUGUCCUCCGCUGUCCUCCGCCUGUCCUCCCGCUGUCCUCCCGCUGUCCUCCGCCCGUCCUCCGCCGUCUUCCCGCUGUCUCCGCCGUCCUCCGCCGUCACCCGCCGUCUCUCGCGUCUCCCCCGUCCUCCGCGUCCUCCGCCGCCGUCCCCGCGUCCGUCCCGUCCGUCUCUGAUCACCCGGGGCCGUCCUCCUCUCCGCCGUCAUCCCGCCGUCCUGCUGCCGCCGUCCUGCCCGCCGUCCUCGCGCCGUCCUCGGUACCGCGUCCUCGACCCGUACCUCCGCCGUCUCUACCGUCCUCCUGGCCGCCUCCCGCCGUCUCCCCGCCGUCCUCCACCGCCGUCCUCACUGGCGCCGUCCUCCCGCGCUCCUCACCGCCGACCUCCCGCGACACGCGACCUCCCGCCGAACAUCAUCAGUCCUCAAACCCUCUGGCCGACCGACCCUCCCUUUGA